AUCACUUUUGUAUUUGGCUUUUUUUUUGUUCUUUUAAUUUUAAUUUUGUUUGUUUCUUUUUUUUUCUUUGAUUGUUCUUUUAGUCAUUUUCCACCAUUUUGAUUGUGUGGUUCCUGUUGUGAGUUUGUUGGACAAAUUGGUUUAAUAAAAGGGACUCAAAAUGUGGCCUAAACUAGUCGGAUACUCGAUUAGUUUUUCUUUGCUUUUUGUUAUUUCCUUUAUUAGGGUUGAAGGGUUUAAACCUCGUUCAGUGGAUACUGGUGAUCCUUAUGGUCAACCCAUUGUGUUUAGUACAUUUAAUCAAAAUCCUGAGGCUAAACAAUCGCCCGCUGAUCGUUUACGUGAUUUAGCAAAUGUUAAAAAGUCAUUAGGUUCAUCUUCAUCUUUAUCUCGUGAUGAUCGUAACGCUGAAGGUAUUCAUUAUCAUCCACAACCCUCACAACCUUCAGCUUAUUCUGCUUUUCAUAAGGAACAUUUAUCUCCAUCGUCCGAUGAUUCUUGGAAAUUCACUUGUGAUCCAGCUUCUUACUUUGCGUGUAAUGAUGGUCGAUGCAUAUCUAAAAUUAGCGUUUGUGAUCGUCAUCGAGAUUGUGAGGAAGGUGAAGACGAAUUAUUGUCAAAUUGUCCAAUUUUAGGCUAUGAUCCCGAAACUGAUUGUAAAAGUGAACAUCGUUACAAUUGUCAAAAUACAACUUAUUGUAUUGAACAGGAUGAAAAAUGUGACCAUUCCUUUGAUUGUCCGAACCAUGAUGAUGAACUUGGCUGUUCAAUCCCUAAAUGUAUCAACUCUUUCCGCUGUUACGAUGGUACCUGUUUGAAUUCAAAGCUUCAACACUGUGAUGGUAAAAAGGAUUGUUUCGAUGGCUCAGAUGAAUUGGACUGUGAUCUAGAAGGUCACAGUCCUUGUCACGAAUUUGCUAAUCACUAUCAAUGUCACCUUUCAUCUAAAUGUUUAGAUAUUAAAUGUCUUUGUGAUAAUAACACUGAUUGUCCACACGGUGACGAUGAAUCACCUCGAUGUGCUUCACCAGAAUGUGAAUCAUUUGGGUGUCAAGGUGACUGUCAACAAACGCCCUCAGGUCCACGUUGUCUUUGCCAGCAAGGAUAUGAACUUGAUAAUACUGGUAAAAAGUGUGUCGAUAUUGAUGAAUGUUCAUUACCACGAACUCCAUGUUCCCAUAUUUGUACUAAUCAUCCAGGUAGCUACAGGUGUAGUUGUCGAGAUGGUUACAGAUUAUCAGGGGGUUCAUGUGUCGCUGAAAAUCAUGAAGCUUUGAUUGUCUUCUCAGAGGGAAGUCAAAUCCGUGGUUACUAUUUAACAAGUCGCCGUUACUUUGAGAUCGGUAAAUCACCAGAAUCUGGUCAAUGUAAGGUAAAGGGUAUUGAUAUGGAUUCUUCUGAGCGAAGUGUUUAUUUCGUUGAAGCCUGUGAUGGCGCUGGUCAUGUGCACGCUAAAUCAGUUGGUUUUAAUGGAGAUGAACGUGACAUUGUAAUGGAUGGUUUAAAAGAUCCAAUUGAUGUUGCCGUUGAUUCAGUCGCAAACAACAUUUAUAUUGCUGAUGAUGGAUUAAAGCAGAUUAUUGUUUGUCAGAAACAAGGGAAUCCAUGUUCUGUUUUAAUUCGUAAUGGAAUUGAAUCAGUUAAAUCAAUUGUUUUAUACCCUGAGAAAGGUCUUAUGUUCUGGUCUGAUUGGGGAAGAAGUGCCAACAUUUAUCAAGCCAAUAUGGAUGGUUCAUCAAUCGAAAUGCUGAUUAAAAACGAUACAAUUCAUGCUUCGGGUUUAACAAUCGACCGAGUUCUUGAUCGUUUAUAUUGGGCUGAUCUCAAGGUUAAUCGAAUUGAAUAUUGGGAUUUUGCAACAAGAAAACGUGUUCAAUUUUUCCAUGAACACGAUUUAGCUCCUGAAAGGAUUGGUAUUUUUGAAGAUAAAAUUUAUUUCACUUCUCGUCGUGGUCGUUCAAUUGAAAUGAUCGACAAAAACACUGGUACAAAGCGGACUCGUUUAAUUCAUCCAACUGAUAUCGCUGCUUUCCACCUAUUCCAUCCAGUUUUAUCCCCGAAGCGAGAUAACCCUUGUUGGGACAAUCCCUGUAGUCAUAUUUGUCUUCUUCAAGGUACUGGAUUUUCAUGUGCUUGUCCAAACCACCUUGAAUUAGAUUCAAGUGAUUACAAUUGUGUUCCUAAGUUGAAAGAUCCAUUCCUCCUCGUCUCUGCUGCCAAUCAAAUCAAUCGAAUCUACUUUGAAUCUAUUGGAAGAAAUGUUCUAGUCCCUGUUUGGUCAUCAGAUGAUAUUCUUGGUUCUCUAACUUAUGAUUGGAAUACGGCGACAAUUUAUGUUUUCAAUUAUGGUAAAAGCGCGAUUCUUGCUCUUAAUUUAACUGAUAUUCAUCAUUCUAAAUCAGUAAGGAAAGUAUUCACCUUAGCAAAUCAAACUGUUCUUGGUUUAACUUUCGAUAGUUUUACCAAUAACCUUUACUGGCUUGAUCCUAACUUUGGACUUUUAGAAAUUGGAAAUUCAAAUGGAACCGCAAGAACAACGCUUUUAUCCAACCUCGAAAGGCCAACUGAUAUGGCUCUCUAUCAGGAAGUGAAUAAAAUAUUCAUUGCAAAUCUUGGUUCAGAUCCUCACAUAAUUCAAACUGCUCUUGAUGGUUCACAUAAGAUUAAAUAUCUUUCUCUUACCGGAUAUUCACCAACAUCUCUGUUCCUUUGUAAACAUCGUAAGCGUCUUUAUUGGUCAAAUGCCAAGGAACAAGGAACCAUUGAAAAGAUUGACCUGGCAGGAGAUGUCACUGCUCGAUCAACUGUUCUAUCAAAAAGUGGUCAAGCGAUGUCUCUUGUGGUCCAUAAUGAUACCAUUUAUUGGACAUCAAUGCAAUCAAGUUCAAUGUGGUUCACUAAAUUGGGCAGUAGUCAACUUAGUCGAAUCGCUUUAAGAGUGGCCGAGAAUAGAACCAUCAUUAAGUUCAUUUUAUACGCUCGAGAUGAAAAACUGACCAGUGAAUGUUUAAGAGACAAUGGAGGUUGUAGUCACAUUUGUGUCUCAUUGGAAGGUCGGGUCAAGUGCCUUUGUCCACCUAAACAUAAAUUGAUCGAUGGUACUAGAUGUGAGUUGGAAAAACAUUGUGCUCCUUCAUUGUUUUCUUGUGAUAAUGAUCGAACCUGUUUAGUUCCUGAACUUCGUUGUGACCAUCGUAUUGAUUGUGAAGAUGGUACCGAUGAAGAUGGUUGUGGCCCUGCUUGUCCUGAUUCCAACUUCCGUUGUAAUGAUGGACAUUGUAUCCCUAGAGGUUGGCUCUGUGAUGGAAUCGGUGAUUGUAAGGAUCAUUCAGAUGAGGGUAAUUGUACUUCUGAUACAUGUAAAGAAAACUUUUUCCGUUGUCCUGAGGGUAAAUGUAUUGAAAAGAAAUGGGUUUGUGAUGGUUUAUAUGAUUGUUCUGAUGGAAGUGAUGAAAAAAAUUGUUCAUCAAAAGUUUGUAGCUCAUCUGAAUUCCAAUGUUCCGAUGCAAAAUGUAUCCCACUUACUUGGAGAUGCGAUGGUGAAAUUGAUUGUAACGAUGGUCAAGAUGAAAUUGAUUGUCCUAAAGUUCAAUGUAGCUCUGGUCAAUUCAAAUGUACAUCAGGUACAUGUGUUGAUGCUCGAAUGGAGUGUGAUCGUCUUUUUGAUUGUUCAGAUAAUUCCGAUGAACACGCUGAUUGUCAAUACAGCGCAAUUACCUGUCCACCUAAUUUAUUCCGUUGCUCUGAUGGUCAUUGUAUUUAUCCAAAUGAAAAGUGUGAUGGUUACAAUGAUUGUGUUAACCAGGAGGACGAGGAAAAUUGUCCUGAACGAAUUGAUUGUCCACCUGAUCAAGUUCGCUGUGGAUCACCCAAUGUAUCGGUCAGUUGUAUCCCACGUAAAUGGCUUUGUGAUAAUGCCAAUGAUUGUGGCGAUUGGUGGGAUGAAACAAGUCCCCAAUGUACAGCACCAAAUCCAGAGACAACAACCGGUAAACCUUGUCGAGAUGGUAGUUUCCCUUGUGGAUCAGGUGAUUGUGUCGAUUUUAAAAAUGUCUGCGAUCGUAUUCCUAAUUGUUUAGAUCAGUCUGAUGAAGGUGAUCACUGUGAUGUUGCAUGUGCCUAUUCCAAUGGUAAUUGCUCGCACAUUUGUCAUCCCUCACCAAAAGGAGCAAUAUGUUCAUGUCGACCUGGUUUCUUCUUGGGUGCUGAUGGUAAAACAUGUACAGAUAUCGAUGAAUGUGCUCAAGAUGGUUUCUGUUCCCAAUUUUGUGACAAUUAUCCGGGUGGUGCUAAAUGUACCUGUGCCGAGGGUUAUUAUCCAGUUUCGGAGGGUCAUAAAUGUAAAGCUAAUGGCACCGAAGCCUCUUUACUUUAUAUGCUUCCAAAUGCAAUUAAAUCGAUUAGUCUUCACACCCAAACGGAACAUUCGAUUGUUCGUAUACGGACUUUAACCAUGAAAGGUAUGGAUUAUGAUUAUCAAAAUCGAACUGUUUUUUGGAUCGACAGUGAAGCGGGUACAAUUAAAGGAAUUCAUUAUGCUGGUGGACAAUCUGAUUUUGAGAUAAUUUCUGGCCUUGAGAGACCAAGUCAUCUUUCUUGGGAUUAUAUUGGUCGUAAUUUUUAUUUCGUCGAAUCAGAUUCUCGAAUUGCUGUUUGUAAUGCUGAAAAUAAACAUUGUGGCCUGGUAGUUGCAACUGAAUUAAGUAAAAUUGACAGUUUUGUUGCUUCUCCUCAAAAUCGAGUAAUGUUCUGGUCAUCCUGGUCAGCUUCUCAUUCAACUUCUGACGGGCGCAUUGAAAAAGCCGAUUUGGAUGGUCGUAAUAGACAAAAAAUCAUCGCUUUCAAUUUAAAUUCACCAAGUGGAUUAACCGUUGAUCCAGUGAUGAAAAUGAUUUAUUGGGUUGAUACCAAACAGCAAGAAAUGUACUCUUGUAAUUUCAAGGGUAAAAAUAUCCAUAGACUUCUCGAUUACAGUCUUCUUAAACCUUUGUCCAUUGGGGUUUUCGAAGAUUAUAUUUACUGGGCCAACACGGGAGCCGAUAACUUAAUGAAAUGCAACAAAUUCACCGGUAAAGCUCGUGUCAUUGUCCAUAGAGGAAACAUUAAAGCUCAUGCAAUGAAAAUUUUCCAUGAAGUCUUACAACGAGCAGAACCAAAUCCAUGUGAAAAUUCAAACUGUUCACACAUUUGCCUGUUGCGAAACAAUGUCAAUAACACUUACACUUGCUCCUGUCCUUUUAAUUAUCGACUAAACAAAGAUAAUCAUACCUGUAUUGCUGAACGAUCAAUACCUCAGAUUAGUAAAUUUAACAAAGCCUGUGACUCUAAUCCUUGCCAAAAUAACGGAACCUGUACACCAAUUAACGAUGUUAUCGGUUGGAAAUGUGAUUGUCCAAAUGAGUACAUUGGUUCGUCCUGUGAAAAGAAGCAGGAAAAACUUUCUAUUGGCUUACACCAAACAUCACACUUUUGGAUAAUAAUAUUAAUUAUACUCAUAGUUGUCUUACUCAUGUUAAUCAUUAUUUACAGAACUCAAAGCUUGCAAAGUCUUAAAACUUUAUCGACACAUUUAGAGCCAUUCGGAUCAUCCAUCUUUAAACGUUACAAUAGUGAUAAAAAGGUCGCCGUUAGUUUUAAGAAUCCAGCUUUCGACGGGAAUCUCAAAAAAAGUGAAUACGGCGAUGGUCUUAAUGAUGAUGCUAGCGCUCCAAUGCUACCAGUGAGUUUGGACGAUGGCAAACAAAAACAAUCAACUGAUGGCCGUAGUUUUAGCAAUCCACUUUAUGGUCAAUACAUGGAUGACAGUGACCAACGUGUUUUUAUAAAAGUUUAAUUUAAAUUAUUUAUUUAUAUUAUAUAAAAAUCAUUAAAAAUAUAUUUUUUUAACUCUUAUUAAAAA